AUGUUCCGCUCAUCUUUGGUGUUCCCAACUCUCAGCAAGGGGGUCCUGCGUCCCCCCGCCAAGCCGGCGACUUGCAGGCCACGCGUCCGCCAGCAGUUUUACUCCACGCCGCCUCUUCUGGGCCGCCUGACGGACGUCAUCAAAGAGGACCACCGCGAGCUCGGGGCGUACUGUAAGCACAUCCUCGAGGCCACCGACAUGGACGAGCAGGCGCGCUUCCAGAACCUCUUCAUCUGGGAGCUCGCCCGGCACGCCAUCAGCGAGGAGCUCGUCGUCUACCCGGUCCUAGAGAAGCAUCUCGCCGAUGGCAAGGUCCUCGCCGACAGGGACCGCGCGGAGCACCAGGCCGUCAAGGAGAAGCUCUACCAGUUCCAAAACCUCAGGCCCGAGGACUGGGACUUCGAGCCCGCGCUCAAUUCCCUGAUGGAAGACCUCCGGCGGCACGUCAGGACGGAGGAGGAGGACGACCUGGUACGGCUCGAGGAGGCCCUCGGCCACACCAGGUCCGAGUCCCUAGCGUGGAGCUUCGAGCGCACAAAGAUGUUUACGCCGACGCGGAGCCACCCGUCCGCGCCGAACAAGCCGCCGUUCGAGACGGUCGUCGGGCUGAUGGAGGCGCCGCUGGACAAACUUCGCGACUUGUUCGCCACGUUUCCGACGGAGGAGGAGAAGGCAAAGGCAAAGGCAAAGGCGGACUCCUGA